AUGAGGGCCUUGGUCUCCUCCCCCUGCACCCCCAGUUCAACAACCAAUCACAGCAGGGGCGCCCAGGAGCUACUCCUCCUCCUGCUCAACGCCCUGCAUGAUGACCUCAAGAAUUCCACACGACUCCUUCCACACGACUCCUUCCACACGACUCCUUCCACACGACUCACGACUCAGUCCACACGACUCCUUCCACACGACUCCUUCCACACGACUCCUUCCACACGACUCCGUCCACACGACUCCUUCCACACGACUCAGUCCACACGACUCCUUCCACACGACUCCGUCCACACGACUCCUUCCACACGACUCCGUCCACACGACUCCUUCCACACGACUCAGUCCACACGACUCCGUCCACACGACUCCUUCCACACGACUCCUUCCACACGAAAGGGGGAGAGACAUCAGACACGUUCUUCCCAGCGGUUGUGUCUGGGCAGGAAGUCGCUCAGCUCGGCGCCAGCGGACUCUACGGCGGUGACACGUCUCUUCGAGGGACAACUCAGCUACCAGAUGCUGUGUCUGCGCUGCGACGGACACUCUCACAGCAACCAAGUCUUCACCAUUCUGUCUCUGCCAAUACCACUGGACUCAUACAAGUGCUCCCUACAGGACUGCCUGUCGCUGUUCUUCCAGCAGAGUACGUUGACGUGUGGAGAUCAGAAGUUGUGUCCAGAGUGUGGAGUGAAGAGAGACACAGCUGUCCUCACCAGCAUGGCCAAACCACCGGAGAUCCUGGUGCUGCACCUCAAACGUUUUGGUUGCCAUGGGAGUGAGAAGAGGAAGUUGAGGACCAAUGUGUUGUUCUCAUUGGACAGUUUAGACCUAAACCCCUUCCUGUCCAGACCCUCAGCCAAUCACACCAGCUACUCUCUCUACGCAGUGGUGAACCACACAGGAGACCUAGACAUGGGUCACUACACGGCCCUGUGCCACAGUACCCUGUCCAGCAGCUGGCACCACUUCGACGACACGGCCGUGAGCGAGGUAGUGGACUUCUUGGUGCAGUCUCCUAACGCCUACAUCCUGCUGUACAGCCGUCAACCCUUCCACAGGCCCAGCAUACCCCGGAUCUGA